AUGACUUCACUGGUUCAACACCACACUGCUAUUCGUAUACAUAAUAGCGAUAUCAACAACAUGAUGACUUUACCUGUUCGACUAAACGGACUUCAACUGCCAUUACAUCCGCGUCAACUACUGGCUAUUCUAUAUGUCUUGGUCAGUUUAAGUGUAUUCUUAACUCUUCAUAUGUCCGUGAUUGCUUCAAUGACUAUACGAACUACACUGUAUGUAUGGUCAGUAUCAUGUGCAGUAUUACUAUCUGUUUUGUCCAUGGCACUCAUGUGGUCAGAUCCAGUCGACCGGUCAUUAUAUACUGAAUCGUAUCAUCACAACGUGGUCUUGACCGAAACACCAUCAUCCGAGUCCAAAAUUCAAACACCUGCAGUUCCACAGCAUGGCAACAGAGUGCAACAAUACUACAGGCUCGGACUAGACUAUAAACCGGAUCCAUUUCAAUCUGCUAAACCUACAAAUGACAUGCCAACACACGAUCCAUCAUUGCAGUUUUGCACAUGGAUUACUGGUGUUGAUGCAGUAUUCUCAUUGAUAGUCACCGUGUAUUUGGCAUACUUGAUCAGUCUACAUAUGUAUCUAUUCUACAAUCGCACAUUAUUGUCGUGUUCAUUGGACACUGUACUGACCAUCUUACAGAAAGUAUAUCCUACUGUAGAGUCCAAUGACAACGUACUACCAAAAUAA